CUCCAACGAACAACAAUGUGUCUACGCAAUCAUCGCCUGUCUUAUAUUUGUCGUCGUCGUCGGUGUGAUAACCUUGACGGUGCUUACAACACCAACAGAAGGCGACGAGGACAUCGACGACGUCAAUGCUCGUGGCGGUGGCGGCGGUGGCAACAGAAGUCGAGGUGCGGGUGGCGAUGCCUCCUCUCCACCAUCGUCUCCAGCAGGAACGCCACCAGAGAUUACCGUGCCUCUACCAGGAGUCCCAACCUCGCAAGGUCCUGUUACGCAGAAAGCGAAAACGACCCCGACAACGACCCCGACAACGACCCCGACAACGACCCCGAUAACGACCCCGACAACGACCCCGACAACGACCCCUACAACGACGACGACGACAACGACCACAACGACGACAACGACAACGACCACAACGACGACAACGACAACGACGACCACGACAACGACCACGACUACGACGACGACCACGACUACGACGACGACCACGACUACGACGACGACCACGACCACGACGACGACUACAUUGGCACCAUUCACACAACUCAUCUGCACAGUUUCCGGAUUUGCGGUAUUCAGAUACAUGUACCCACCCGACGGCUUGUGUCACUACCUGUUCUACUGGAACGUGGUAGUAAGGAACGGCACCAUGCGGGGCGUGGAUGUCUCGCUUUCGUGGAAAAUUUUUAAGCACGAAACGGCAAGGCUCAAGAAAACGUCCGGAGGAAUCAGUUUCGACGCCCGGUACGUGACUCCUGCUAGUGUCCGCUCAGUAGAGGAGGAGCUGAAAGAUAUAGCCAAGAAAAACAACAUCGUGCACUACGGUGUUCUAAACAUGUUGGCCGCCCCCGAGAAAGCGCACGACAUGUUGCAGCAAACGAAAGCGGCUCUAAGGGAACUCAAGAAUAUGCAAGGUAACGACCUUACCCAAAAAACGAUACUGGCGAUGGGCCUGUACGAUUACGGCAGGCGAGGAGAACACUAUGCCAACUUCGCCAAUCUGUUCAAAGAAGCCAUCGAGUCGUCGCACGCAGACACCGUCAUUGCGAUCAGCUCUGUCGGUUGGAUGUACAACCCGAGGCUAUGUGAAUGCACGCCACCAUCCGUCUGGGACACGGCUACAUUACCUGGCAAAAGCGUCAGUUGGGGAAAGAGGUAUCCUGAUUUGAAGAGGAGUGCAGCGCUGAUGUCGAAAGACCACCGCUACAACAACUCGAAGGUCCAGGUGGGCCUCUCUUUCGAGUUGGCCACACUUGUGUACAAUAGGUCACAAGCCUAUACAUAUCGAAGGGCUGUGAAUAUCGCAUUGCUCCACAGCUACUGCAACCAGUUCUUUGCGACGAGCUUUGACGUCGUGCCAUGUAAAAUAGGUUCAACCUCAUCUCGUAUCCGAGUACACCCCGACAUCAAUAUGGCAUUUAGGAGAUAUGUGCCAUCCCUAAUUUUCCUCUUUGAGGACGAGGAUACUCUAGCGAAAAAGUGCAAGGACCUGACAAGACCGUCAACCAACCUGCGUCCGAACAUGGCGAUACUGCUGCUGAACGUUCACCUCGUCGACUACAACGCCACGAGCGAAUGCGGCAACACCGACCCGGCAAGGGUUGACCCGUUUUGGCGUAUCCGUGUGGUGAAGACGACGCUGAAUAUCACGUGACGCCCCGUCCAGGUCGCGGCGGUUUCUGCUGUGAGAAGUGAAGACAUGCAGCACUUGCCUGAGGCGGCAACACACAGGGAUGAUGGGAAUUUUUUUAUCAUAUUGUUCUAUAAUUAUUAUAUAUUGCUUGCCUAGCUCUCAAUAUUUAAGUUUCGUCCUUCUGCUCGCUUUGUUAUAUAUUUUUCGUACAAUGUGCAAUAAAUUAGCAAAAAGAAA